CAGGUCCAGCAAGCGAGCCUGAUGCCAACGAGUUUCCUUGGCAGUGCCCUCCGGGGCACCUUCUUCUUCAUUUUUGGUCUCUGGUGGUCCAUACGAUACCCCCUGAAGUAUCUCAGGCGGAAAGCCACUGCUGAGAGCCAGCCAAGCCAUGGGAUCCAGCGCGUGGAAUUCUUUGAAGGGGCGGUCAAAGCUUUCUUUGCUCUAGCAGGGAUAUUGGUCGAGCAGUUUGUUCCUGCUGGUCCCCACCUGCAGCUGUACAGCCCCGAGACGCACAGCUGGACAGACCUCACCCACUGGCACUACACCACCAUCUACUUCUUCUUCCUCCUCUCGGGGAUCGUGGACGUCGUCUCACACUCCCCGCUCAAGCUGCCGCUUGGCUUAGAUCGGCUCUCGCUGUCUGUGGCGCUGUUCAUCGAAGGUUUGCUCUUCUGUUUCCAUGACUACAGUGAUGCUGUGCUGGACCACCACCUCCAUUCCCUGCUGGCCGUGGCAAUCUUUGCUGGAGCUCUCUCUGCCCUCCUCGAGGUGUUUGUCCGUGACCACGUCAUCCUGGAGACUUUCAGGACCAGCUCCUUCCUUCUGCAGGGCUCUUGGCUUUGGCAGAUUGGGUUUGUGCUGUCCCCUCCGUGGGGAGGACCGGGCUGGGAUCAGACCGACCACAGCAACUUCACGUUCCUCACCAUGUGCUUCUGCUGGCACUACGCGGGCGUGCUUGCCAUCUUGGCAGCAAACUCUGCUGCAUCUCGCUGCUGCAACGAAUCCUGCCAGCUGAAAUUCGGGGACAUCGACGUGGAGUUGGACUGUGGCAUGUGCAUCCGCAAAGGCAACAAGAGCUCCAGCGGUGCCCUGCUGCCAGAGGGCGGCUCGGAUGACAAAUGA